GGAAGAUAGAAAUAUUUUUGCAUUUUUCACACCCCUCGGUAAUCUGAAAAUCAAAGGAGCCGCCCUAAAACCGAACAGCAGUCGGCACUGUCGGCGGUUAAGCGCAUCAAAGAGAACGUGGAAAACCUAUCCUAUCGUAAAUUGUAAUUGCUACUAAUAAAACACGGAUUACUGUCAGGGAAAUCAGAGGACUGGCAUAAUAUUUAAAAUAUGAAUGCGGCACGUUUGAUGAGUUGCCCUAGUAGGUAUUAUUUUCAAUGGAUGCAAGUAACUAGUUAAAUUUUUUGCGUGAAUUUCGGAAUCGGCACUGGCAGCUCGUCAGUCCUAUUUUUCCGUCCAUGCAAUACACUCAGAAUCGAGAACUAACCACUAUAGAGUUGUCGCCAGUAAUUUUUAAACAUUACUAGUGCAAUUUUUAGUAUAAAUAAAUUUUGUGGGAACUUAUCUUCAGAUCUACUUGUUCAUUCUUUUUUUCGCAAUGUCAAGAAAACGUGAAAGUGGUUGUGAAUAUAGAAAACGAGCAAAGGAAAGAUCAGAAAAAAAUGAGGAACUGGUGAAGAAGAUUCCCAAGAUUGACACCUUUUUACAAAAAGGUGAUAAAAAACAAAAAGUGGACUCGACAGAGCUGAGUGAAAUUCAACAAGAAUUCGAUCAACCUUCAACAAGUGGUAACAACACAUCAAACAAAGCUGAAAGCAUUAUGGAGAUUCCGGAACAAGUGGAAUCUUGUGAAAAUCCGAAAAAAGCUUUUCCAGAAAUUAGCGGCAGUUCAGAUAACUUCAGUUAUGAUCCAGCUCUGUGGGAUGAAAUAACAGAGGAGUUGAGGCAGAAUUUUAUCAAUCGUGGAAUUAAACAAAAUAUUGAUUUAUUAGAUUUUGAAGCUUCAAGAAGGAAUUACAAUGAUCGCGUUCGAUAUUGUUCGAAAGGAUUGUUUAAAACCCGAUUGAAAAAUGCCGAGACUCACACUCGCGAUUUCUUGAUUUACUCUGCCAGCACAGGACGUCUCUACUUUCUGCCAUGCCGUUUAUUCAAUGGAAAAGGUCCAUUUGCAUCUACCGGAUUUAAUGAUUGGAAAAAUCCUAUUACUAUUGAACAGCACGAGAAUUCACAGAAUCACAAAAAUUGUGUCCUAAUUUUACUCCAAAGGCAAAAAGCAGCUGGCCAGGUAGAUGCACUUCAUGUUAAAGAAUACAAGCGGGAAGUACAGUACUGGAGAGAAGUUUUAAAGAGAGUUGUUGCAGCGAUCAAGGCAUUGGCAUCAAGAGGACUUUCAUUCAGGGGUUCGACGGAAGUAUUUGGUAGUCUACAUAAUGGCAAUUAUAUGAUGCUAUUAGAAUUUCUAGCUGAAUUUGACCCUUUUCUUGCUGAUCACAUUGAAAAGCACGGAAAUCAAGGCAGAGGGAACGUCUCUUACUUGUCAUCAUCGAUUUGUGAAGAAAUUAUCCAAAUUAUGGCUACAGAAGUUCUAAAAUCAAUUGAUCAGGAAGUUACAGAAGCCAAAUACUAUUCAAUAAGCGUAGACUCCACACCAGAUAUAACGCAUACCGAUCAACUGGCUUUUAUUACUCGCUAUAAUAAAGAAGAAUGAAAACCAGUGGAAAGAUUUUAAGGAUUUAUACCAAAUCCGGGACACAAGGCUGAAGACCUUUAUAACGCUGUUAUUAAGAUG